AUGCAGCCCGCCACGGACGCCAGCUCGUCAACCUCGCCCGCCGGCUCCGCCCCGGCUGCACCGCCGCCGACCACCACGGUCCCGGACAAGUGCGCCAACGGCUGCGGCAAGAAGGCGAGCACUCUCGCCUGUCCCAAGUGCAAGGAACUCGGCGUCCCGGGUCAGUUCUUCUGCUCGCAGCUGUGCUUCGCCAAGAACUGUGCGUCCACCUCCUCGCCUCCUCGGGUUUGGGCUCGCCUCGCGCCUGCCUCUUUAUGUGGGCGAGCACAAACAGCCUACGACCCGUGGCAGUCGGUCAAGAUGCACAAGUACACCGGCUCGCUGCGCGCCGUCUACCCCGAGACGCCCGUCCCCAAGCGCGACGUGCCGGCCCACAUUGUCCGCCCCGACCACGCCAACGACCAGAACGGCGUCUCGUUCUCGGAGCGCAAGGCGCUCAUCAACGAGCGGUCCGGACGAGUGCUCAACGCCGAGGAGAUUGAGGGCAUGCGCGUCGUCUGCCGGUACUCGCGCGAGGUCCUCGACAUUGCGGCGGCGGCCAUUCGGCCGGGCGUGACGACGCUCGAGAUUGACGAGAUCGUGCACGCCGAGUGCUUGAAGCGCAACUCGUACCCGAGCCCGCUCAACUACGGCCUGUUUCCUCGGUCGGUGUGCACGUCGAUCAACGAGGUCAUCUGCCACGGCAUUCCUGACGCUCGACCGCUCGAGGACGGCGACAUCAUCAACCUCGACGUGUCGCUCUACCACGGUGGCUUUCACGGCGACAUCAACGCGACUUACCCGGUCGGCGCCUCGGUCUCGAAGGAGCGCCUCGACGUCAUCGCGUGCUCGCGCGAGUGCCUCGACGAGGCGAUCCGCAUGUGCAAGCCGGGCGUCGCGUACCAGACGCUCGGUUCGAGGAUCGAGGAGAUCGCGACCCGGUACGGGUUCCAGAGCAACAAGACGUACAGCGGGCACGGCAUCAACCAGCUCUUCCACGCUCCCGCGCCAAACGUCUUCCACUACGCCGGCAACCGCGCGAGCGGCGUCAUGAAGCCGGGCCAGACCUUCACGAUCGAGCCCAUGAUCUGCGUUGGCCAGCAGAAGGACGUGCACUGGCCCGACAAGUGGACCGCCACCACGAUCGACGGCAAGGCGUCGGCCCAGUUUGAGGAGACGCUCCUCAUCACCGAGACGGGCGUCGAGGUCCUCACGGCCGCACCAGGUUGGACGCUCCCCGAGCCCAAGGGCGCCGCCGCGCCGGUCGCAGGGGACGAGCAGGCGCAGGCGAGCGGCGAGAAGCGCGAGGGCGAGGGUGCGGCGCCGAAGAAGAAGAAGAAGAAGGCCAAGAAGGCGGGCGCGGCGAGUGCGACGGCGGCGGCGGAUCCUCCUGCUGCGGCUCCCGAGGCGUGA